GAAUCCAAGGGUUCAGAUGGGGUGGGGGAACCUCGUCGUGAGACUCAAGGGUGGUAAAAGGCGCCCAAGGGACUUAGAUCAAGACGGGCUGACUGGUGGUAAUUGAAAGUUAAUUGAAAGUGACUAUCUUGCUGUUAGUAACAUAAAUGGACGAACUUUCUGUGCAAACGCGUUUUUAUAUGUUGAUAGCUACACUAAGCGUAACCUUGAGGAAGUUUCAGAACGCACAGUGUUAAUUAAAUAUGGCGCUUUGAAGUUCUGUAGUAUUGAACGUUGAAGAAAUUAAAAUUGAAAAUGGCGAAGAUUCCUAACAGGUGGUUGUCGUACAGCCCAAUGGGAGAACCCAUUCCAGGGACCAGGUUCAUCUCCUUCAAAGUGCCUUUGAAGCAUACCCUGUGUAAGAGUCUUCAUGAUAGCGAACGCUUCACACCUGAGAUGUUGAUGGAGCAGUGUCCGAAACUAGGCCUUGUAGUUGACCUGACCAACACCAGUCGCUAUUAUAACGGAGAGGUUUUCAAAUCCAAAGGAAUUCAGUACAAGAAAAUAUACUGCCCUGGCCAGGUUGUUCCUGCUGACAGCAUACUUAAAGAGUUCUUCAGCACAGUGGAUGCCUUCCUAAAUGAGUCAGUUGAACACGAUUCGCUUGUUGGAGUCCACUGCACGCACGGUUUGAAUCGGACAGGAUACUUCAUCUGCAGGUACCUGAACCUUCGUAUGGGAUUUCAUCCACUGGAAGCCAUUUCUGCAUUUGAAACAGCCAGAGGGCACAAGAUCGAAAGACGACCAUAUAUACAGGACAUUGUGUCUGGGAGAAGCGUAGAACAGAUGAGUACGCAGCUCUAUCAGAAGCUUUUUGGAAGUGACAGACCAAGGCGCAGGCGUGAAGUUCCUUACUUUCGUGCCGACCAAAGCAGUGAAUGUUAUAGGGAGCAUCACCCUGGCUCAUCUCAGCUUCCAGCUUUGCCAAAGAUCCGCCAUGCGAGCUUUGUCUUCGAAUCUCCACUCGCCAGUUUGUAUAAUGAUGACGUUAGCAACCGCAAUUCCAGACGUAAUGGACCGUCGAAAAGUGAUCAAACUUUUAAACGGCAUGAAUGGCGUAGUCAUCGUUGGGACUCGCCCACUCAACGCGAUGGAAACGGGAAAAACCACAUCUUAGGCCGACAGCCCUCAUACAAAUCCCAGACUCGGAAUGAGAGUGGAUUUGAGGCACCGAGAGACCGUGGCCAAUUUCAUAGUAGUUCCACACACCGGAAUGGAAGCAACAAAAUUUAUGAAUGCAGAGAACCAAAAGCUUUUAGUGGUAAUGAUGGGAGGAAGGGAAGGCAUGGAAAGUAUGGCGGAAGAAAACGUUCCGAAAGCGGUGUUAUCAAUGAAUAAGACACUGUGGCAUUUUCUGUGAAUCUCCUUAUUCAGAAAGCAUAUCCUCUGCCUCUUGGUGAUAAUCUUAUGGAAUGUGCCGCAUACAAAUCAUGCUUAAUAAAAAUUGUAUUAUAUAUUAUUUUGAGUUUUAAAUUGUUAUUCUUUUGUGAAAAUGUGUUAUCAAGUGAAUAAUUUACUAAAAUAUAAGACGUGUAAGAUUUGAGGUUUUUACGGCGGUGUCUGUGAAGAAUGCUCCGUCUUCUGGGAUGUGACGCCAUGUAGAUAAUUUGUUAACCGACGUUUCGGAGGAACGUAUCAUCUCCAUAUUUAGGGUAUAAGAAAUCCGCGACCGAUGAACCAUCGUGAGCAGGUGUCUAUAAUAUGGAGGCGAUACGUUCCUCCGAAACGUCGGUUAAAGUAUCUACGCUGCACCACGUCCGAGUAGAGGCAUUCUUCAAAAUACUCGUAUGACGUGUUUCACCUUUUGCCUUAUAAAUUAGUUUGGAAAAUUGUGUUGUUCUGCAUGUUGUUCGACAUAAAUUAAUGUCGAACUGCCAUUCCCCUUGUAAAUUUUGAACAGAUGUUUGACCAUACGCAUACAACAGCUGAAGGAUCAGCAACAAAACAGUCUAAUUUGAAGGGGUUGAACAGCUUACAGAUUCCUUCCUUAUUUCCUCUCAUAGACCACAAAGAAAUGUACGUGUAAAUCUUACUGUGACCCUGUUAUUUUUACUAUCAAAUAAAAUUUUAUAGGAUGAUGGGCUAAAUAUUUUUUUUUCCUUGGCACUAUGGCCCCAGUGGGCCUAGGCCUACCUCCAUGAACUUCUCCGUUCACUUCGGUUAGGGCUGAAUAAUAAUACUGAAAAUUUACAUUCAGUUACAGUGGAUUAUGUCAGUAAUCAGAAGCGUUCGUUUUGACUUCAUUUCAGCCAAAUCCCUAAAAACUUUGUAAUUGUUUUAACUUAUGUGUAAGGCCUAUAUUGUAUGAUGUUGGCUCCCGUUAAAGAGAAUUCCUUUUAAGAUAUAUCUUCAGUUUUUUUCUUGUAUAUUUUACAUAUUUAAGCUAUGUUUCUCGUUUACAGAAUGGAGCUAUUCCAACAUCGGUUUAUCAAACUGUCUUAGCCCUACAGUGUAAUUUACACAUGAACAUUGUGCGUAGUGAUAUUUGUUUCAAACAGUCUGAAUUAUGUGGUCUUUAUGCUAUAGAUUGGAUAUGGUGUGAAGGUUUUUACAGAAAAUAAAGAAAAUCUUAUAUA